UAGCAGGGAGCUGCAAGCAUACGCCAGACCUGCUAAGUCACCAUGGCUACAGUAAAAGGAGGCGGUGUUGAGGCGUCUCAUGGGACGUGAUGCCUGAUGUGAUGCCUCGCCUCCGUUAAAACACAGCGCAGUUGCAGGGACACAGUGCUCUUCUCAAUGGCUAAUGUUAGGCAUUUCAUCUUGAUACUUCUCUACUGUGACAGAAUAAGCACAGAGACAACCUCAUCUCCAGAAUUAAAUACUGUCAUUACAACUCGAAAAGCUGUCUCCAGAGGUCAAAGUCAUGCCAUUAUUGAAAAACUUGCAAUCCUGACACCUCAAUAUAUAGAACUAAUAUGUAACCUAACUGAAAUACCAAAUAACCCCUCCUACGUUACUGGUUACUGGACAAAAGAUGGACAAGAAAUUGAAAACUCAGAAGAAACCGUGAAUAGAGACAAUGAACAUUAUAUCUUCAAAAAGACUUUCAAAAUACAGGCCACAGAUCUUGGAAAUUAUUCCUGCAUCUUUAGAGAAACUGAUGCACAAGUCACAUUUGUUUUAGAUGUUCCUGUAAUGAAAGAUAAACGAGACAAGCCCGUAGUGAGCUACAUUGGAGAUUCGGUUGUACUUGUGUGUAAACAUAAAUAUACACCAGACACCUGGAGCUGGUACAAAACAAAUUAUACUGAAAAGAUUUUAAUUAAUGGUACCGCCAACCCUUUGAACUACAAGAUCUUUAUUAAGAAUAAUGAAACAAAACUGACUGUACUGAAUUUGACUGAGGAAGAUUCUGGAAAGUACAUAUGCAGUGCUGAAUUUGACAUCAAACCCACUGAGUCUUAUGUAGAGCUGAAGGUCUUGUCUUACAUCGAGCCUCUCAAACCCUUCCUGGUCAUCCUGUUUGAGGUCAUUGUCCUGGUCGCUCUGAUUUUGCUUUGGGAAAAAUGUAAUAAACCUCAGCACCACGACUCUGUAGCUACAGAGAAUGAUGACCAUACUGAACAAACCAGUAAACUCACUUCUGGUGACACUAAUGGGAUGGAGACCACAGCAAGACAAAGAAAACCGGAACACUGAGAUUUUCAUUCAAAUAGAUCAGGGUUCCUCACAUCCAACCCUGGAGAGCCGGUGACCUGCAGAGUUUAGCAUCAACCCUGAUCAAACACACCUGCCUGUGAUUUUCUAGUGAUCGUGAAGCCAUUGAUUAGCUUGUUCUGGUGUGCUUGAUCAACGUCGGAGCUAAACUCUCCAGGGCACCGGCUCUCCAAGGUUGGAUGUGAGGAACCCUGAAGUAGAUGAAUGAUCUUACAGACUGCUACCAAGCAGUUUAAAAAGUGUGAACCUCAUUGUGUAACCUCAGCUUUUAAUUUUACUCAGCAAUAAAGUUUUUGCCAAAACUACCUAUAUGUUGAAGCAAUAUCUAUUCACAUUUCAAAAGGCAAUACCAUAUAUAAGAAUAUAAGUCAUGUAUUCGUAAUCUUCACUGUAUUAAUGUUACACGUACAAAAUGCAGAUGUAUGCAUUUUAUAUCCAAUACUGAUGUGUAUUUAAUUUUUGGACAUUAUUAUUUAUUGAGUAAUAAACUUAUUAUGAAUCUA